AUAUUUAAUAUAAACAGGUAUAAAAUAGUUUGAGAGUGUACAUGAUACAUUGUAACAUAUGGAUGGCUCCGCCCCGAGUCACAAUGUAACAUCACUUCCUGUGAUGCACGGAGGCAAGUGAGGACAUCAGAAGUUCUCACAUGUGAUCUCAUUGACAAGCCACUUAUUGACCAGUCGGCCAAAAGUGCAGCUGUUAACAUGAGGGCUAAUGUUGAAAACACUGGACGAGCCAAUAAAGGUUGAGCGUUUGUAACAGGAAGAUGCCCCGUGGUGGCCACUAAUACCAACAUCAGUGACAUAAGACCAGCUCACAAUGGCAUUUCUGCCAAUAACUUUCACAUCAGAGCAAGUUCACUUCCGAAACAUGCAUACAAAGAUUUUUACUAUUUCCCAAAGCACACAGUUACCCAAGCCCACAGUGCAUGCAGAUUUCAGGGAGAAGAAAGUGAGAUUCUUGGCAAGGUGGAGAUGAUCUCCUUCUGGCUGAUUUUCCUCAAGCUCACGGUAUGUACUAGGACAUGCUGGUACCUUGGUCUUCCUUCCUCCGUCUUCAAUGCAAAUUGUUAUUGUCGCUGAAUAAUUUAUGUAAUACAGAUUGUCAUGACACAAGAGCCGAGAUGGAGAGGGUGUGAGCGUGUGGAAGUUUUCUCACCAGCUGAGCUGUUCUGCCAGCUAAAGGAGGAGUUAGUGGGGAGGGGGUGUUGCCAUGGCAGUCAACACUUUACUGCCUGUCAUUUUCAUGAGGCUUUGUGCCUUUUGUCUAGCUUGAUUGGGGUGAAAUGGGCAGGCACUGAAGUGGAUGGUAAUUUCACAUAAUUCUGACUGUUUUUAGUGGUUGCAUUAGCAUGCCGGUCAAGUUUUGAAUGAUUGCAGAGACUUUCCUCCAGUGGUCGAAUACCAAACAGACAUCAGGGAAUAACAAACUGGUGGAUGAAAGAAGUAUUUCAAGCCAAAGCAAUGGAGCUACGAUUGAGGUUGAGGAGGUGGAUAGGCUGGAAGAGAUUGCAGGUUGCUCUCAGAAUCCAGAACAUACAGAACUGGAGUCCCUAUUUGAGCCUGUAACCAUGGAGACCAGUGAACACUCUGGCACAGCAAACAUAACUGACUGUGAGGUCCUGGAGACUGCGUUACCUGAGAACAAGGACACAAGCAGCAAAGAAGAACAAGUCUGUUACGAUGCUGACGUAUUAGACUCCAUAAGUACAAAAGUAGUGGUUGAAAUUCUAGCAGGCCUACCUCCCACCGAGACCAAGGAUGAUGUACUCGAAGACGUUCACGGUCCAAAAGAGGCGCUUGUCUUGGAAGACACUCGAGAAGAACUUUAUCGCAACGAGUCAAUUACCUCUUCGAUCUCUGACACUCCGUCAAGUGCUGAGAGCGUAUAUGAGAAUGAUGUCGUACAUAAGAGGCAAGAUUCGCAGAGGCAGGAACCAUUAGAGAACACUGUACCUCAACCAGAAGUCACUGACGAUGGAGAUACAUUAGACCCUUUGGGUACAGACUCAGAACCCAUCUUGGAAGGUUUUGGAUGUGAUGGUUCAGAAGAAACCAUCCUGGAGCAUUACAUCCAAGAGGAUGUCCUGUCAGACGUCUCCACAGAGUCCUGUCAUGACCCAGAAGAUCUGGAUGAAUGUCUUCAUGUUGAAAUUGCUGCGGUGUCAUCUGACAGUGAAACUGAUGAGAAGUGGAGGAACAUCUUCUCUUCCUCGAUUAAUAGGGAAGAUGAUGAUUCCUACAUUGACAGCCUUGAGCUGAGCGCACAGGAACUCUUUAUUCAAAAACCUGAAGUUCAAAAUACUGUUGAAGAUUCAAAGGAAACCGAAGAGCCUGAGAUCCCUUUGGGAGAAGAAGUGCUAGAACAACCAGAGACUGGGCCAACUCUGCAACCGCAAGAGAUAUCUUACAAUUCUUCCACACUGUUCCACGGCUUGUCCAAGAUUUCCGAAGAUGAUGAAGAGCUUGGACGAGUCUCAGCAACCCACAAAUGCAAUUCAUUUGAUUCUGUCAAAUCUGAUUCUAGCAAAAAGGUGCCGAAAGAUUAUUGUGUGAUCCAGGAAAUGAAGAGUGAGAAUGUCAGUACAGAACAUGUGGAUUUCAAAGUUGCUCGCCAACAGUGGCUGGAGAUAGAAGAGCAAACGAAAAACUUGAUCCACCACCCGAACACACCAACAACAAGAUCUGGGACCUGCCAAGGCAGUCACAGUUUCAUGUACACACCUGUCCGUAACAUUGACAGGCCGAAGAGGGACCUUGAAAGCUUAACACUUGUAGAGGACUAUGCGCACACCCAGUUUAGCCCUUGUUCUGAGGAUUCAGGUCUUGACGACUCCAGUUACAGAUCACAAUGUGACGACCCAGAGACCCCAAUUGAGAAGGAGAUUCGCCAAACAGUGGAACGUGAGGAAAACCUGAGACGUGAGAGGGGGAUGACAAAAUUGUACUCUAGUGACUGUGUACAGAUGAAGACCAGGUCCAUCAAUUUAAACCCAGGAAAACUAUGCCAGGAUGUCGAUGAGAAACAGAAGAUGUUUGAACAUCAGGAUGACAAUGGAAGGAUACCCAAAUCUCCCAGCAACACAACACCUUCUUUCAUCAUUACCUCCUCACCAACCAAGGGCUCUCAGCAACAAGACUUUUCAGCUAACAGCAUUAUCAUCCUCGAACCAGAACCCUUCCCUCCAAGUCCACGGCAUGGCAAGAUGGUAUCCUCCAAAUCUGCUGACUGGAGAUCAGAAGAUGCCCCUAACCUCAUAAUUCUGGAGACAUCGAACCUCAUCAUUCGCAGUGCAUCAGAGUUCAACCUGAAUUCUGUCUCAGAGGAAACCCAAGAUAAAAUGUUCCUCAACAACCCAUUUUUUAAGCUGAGGUCCAGGAGUACAAUAUCUCUUGUCGAUGAGGAGAUCAAAUUGGUAAAGCAGCGAGAAGAGGAACUAAAACGGCAAAGAGCCAGUAUUUACUCAAAGGAUCAUUUCCUGAUGUUUCCAAAUCGCCUGGACGGCUCACCAUUUAACAAUUCAGAUGACCUACCAAUUAAAUGUAAAUCAUCCCCUUCAUCUCCAAUGAAAACAUGCAGAAUGGAUCGGUCUGCUCUGUCAUGUGAUCAUCGAUUUCCUGAGCCCUAUACUGGAGGCCGACGUAAAAGUGCCAUGGCUUUGCGUUGGGAGGCAGGGGAGUUUGCGAACAGUGAGUGAAAAACAGAAAUUACAUUAAUCGUUAAUCUGCAGCUGUUCUUCGUUAAAGAAUUUUCAAUGCUCAAACUCAUGUUUGUCUAUUGUGACAGUGUAAACACUUGCUACUGCUGCUUGUGUAACUUUGUUAUUUAUCCAGACAAAAAAGAAAUGUGUAAGCCAAGAUGCCUAAAUGUUAUUUGAAUGUACCGUUUAAUCCAUUUUUGUGAUUCUUCUUUAAUGAGGUACUUAUAAACCAUAUUUUUAGUGUUUUGUCUACAAAGACAAGGAGAAUAUGUACUGUAUAUUCAUAAUGUAUUUUCUUGUAUGGCAAUGUUUGUACAUCUCUGAAAUAUAUGAAACAGCAUUACAGUGUUUUAGGAUAAUAAUGAAGUGAAAAUGUAUACAAAAUGGAUGUAUUUGGUUAAAUAUCACAGAAAACAAUCAAUUUAGUCAAGGAACAUAAUUGAGAGAUUUCUUUUUUUAAAGAAUUAUUCUUGAUGUGGCCAUGAUUGCAAAUGUCUAAAUGGAGGGCACUUUUUGAAGGUCCAGUUCUUAAUUGAAGAAUUAUGAUAAAAAAGGAUCAUCUAAUAUUUCAUAACUUGUUACUUAUAACCUGUUGCUUUGCAAUUUGUUGUCCUCAAAAAAGAAUUCGUAUAUUUAUGUCAAACCGCCAUGCUUAUAAAAACAAGUAUUGCUUGCUAACCUUUGAAUCCAUGUGCAUCAGUCUCAAGACAAUAUUUGUUUUCCUACCAUUUGGAAAAAAAAAAAAAUGUUAAAAAGACAAAUGCAGAAAUAAAUGUCAAUUUAAGGC